UCGUAACUGAUUAAGCUAGCCACAGAAUAAACCAAUACCAAUACAAUGACCAAUACAUACACACAGAUAAGUGUCAAAAUCAAAGUAAACAAAUAGCCAACUUCAUCACUAUAGCUCUUGACCGAUGUCGAUUGUUUUGAUUAAAUCACAGCAACAUCGGGUUUCUGUAAUCAAUGUAUAAUUAGAAGUGGACGUGAAGUGUUGGAAAUUUCUGUUUCAUUUAGUUACAUUUUAGUUAAUGUUCAAUACAAUGCUGCAAAUGAAAUAUAUUUUUAUUUUUUUGGCAUUCACUUCAACGGUGUUUGGAGCGUAUGUUAUUGACAGUGGAAGGCGUAGAGGUAUCAAUGACAUUGAUGUGGAGGGUGAAUGUUCAAGCCUCACGGCGGAGCUAAUUGAAGAAAUUAAAGCAUAUCAACCGAUUGUCGAUGAAAUAACAAAUGCCAUUGUGAAUGGAAAAUUUUCUGGUGAUACCUGGAAUGCUUUGGCUGAAAUGACGGACAAAUUUGGUGCCAGAAUGACAGGUUCAAAGAGUUUAGAAAAUGCAAUCGAUUACAUGGUUGAUGAGUUGAAAAAAGCUGGUUUAGAUAACGUGCAUACGGAGAAUGCUACUGUGCCGCACUGGGAACGUGGCUAUGAAAAUUGUCAAAUGGUGUCACCCCGACAGGCAAAAAUUAAUAUUUGCGGUUUUGGGUUCACUGUUGGCACAUUAAGGGGCGGUUUAAUUGCUGAUGUUGUUGUUGUCGAGAGUUUUGAGGAAUUUGAUAAAUUGCCCGAGGCGACUGUUAAUGGAAAAAUCGUUUUAUUUGUGCCAGAAUGGCAGGGCUAUGGUAAAACUGUUGUGUAUCGUUCGCGAGCCGCGUCAGUAGCAUCGAAAAAAGGGGCGGUUGCGGCUUUGGUGCGAUCGAUUACACCAUAUUCAAUCGGAUCACUUCACACAGGUAUGCAACGGUACGCAGACGAUGUACAGAAGAAAAUUCCAGUCGCAGCCGUUACCGUCGAAGAUGCAUAUUCAAUGCUACGUAUGUAUCGACGUGGUGAAAAGAUCACAUUACACCUAGAAAUGGAAGAUAAGAAUUUGGGCGAUUUUGUUUCACGCAAUACAAUCGCUGAGUUGGCUGGCGAAAGCAGCACGCCAGUUGUAGUUGUUUCUGGUCACUUGGAUAGUUGGGAUAUAGGCGUUGGCGCCAUGGACGAUGGUGGGGGUGCAUUUAUUGCGUGGAAAGCAUUGCACUUAUUGAAACGGCUAAAUGUGAAACCACCAAAGAGAACAAUUCGUGCUAUUUUGUGGACAGGCGAAGAACAGGGAAUUGUUGGAGCAGCCGAAUAUGAAAAACAACAUAAAUCACGGGAAAAAGAAGAAUUCAAUUUUUUCAUCGAAAGUGAUAUGGGAACUUUCACGCCCCUUGGAUUAGAUUUCAGUGGAAACAAGGAAGCUGAGUGCAUUUUUAAGGAAGUUUUAAAACUUAUGGCUCCGUUAAAUGCCACCCAAUUCAAUUCACCAAUUGACGCUGGCCCCGAUAUAGAACAAUGGUCAACUCGUGGAUUCCCAGCUGCAAGUCUUCUAAACAAGAAUGAAAAAUAUUUUUACUACCAUCACUCGGCCGGCGACAGUAUGCUGGUAGAAAAUUCAGACGAUCUAGAUAAAAAUACCGCUCUAUUUGCUGCUGCGGCAUAUGUCAUUGCCGAUUUAAGUGUUGACAUGCCAAAAGAUAUUAAAGAUUAAAUUCUUGACAAUAAA